UCAACUCACUGGGGCACUUCAACCCACCGGCGCGCGUUAACACAUUGUUCUAUUUCCAUGGGUGUGAAGGACAGGGAAUCAUACGACACAACCGCCUGCUGCGCGCAGCCAGUGAUAGUCACGGUGAAAAGCUAUGAUCAUGCUCGCUUUUAAUGAUCAGAUAACUCUUGCACGUGCUUUCAUAUCUGGCUGUCUCAGUUCCAAAAUUAAUACAAGAUUACGCUUUGCUCAGAUUUAGACUUAAGUGACUUGAUCAUAAGCAAAACUGACAUAGUUUCUUUCUGCACCCUGCCAUCAAUAGUUGCGGACUCGUAAAAUGCAGUUGAAAGGCAUAUUUUUACUCCUGUCUUUAGGAGCGUUCACCUCUUAUUAUGUUUACCAGCCCAUUCCAGACAAGAUAGAGGAGAGAUGGAAACUCAUGUUGACCGACUGUUUCUUCAGAAGUCUCAGCCACCUGGCAGACUUCAGUGAGCUUCUGGGGUUGAAGGACUACAUGGGGGUGAUGAUGUUCAUCACGUUCGCUGAGCGGGUGGUGCCCGUAUCAGACCAACGUGUGCACGUCACAGAGGAGCUGUUUGAUGGGGUGGAGGUGGUGGUGUACCAGCCCAAACUGCAGGGCGGCGACACUGAGCUGAGGAGAGCAGUCAUAUACCUGCAUGGAGGAGGAUGGUGCUUGGGCAGCGCCAGAAUGGGACCGUACGACCUCCUAGCUAGGCAGAUGGUCAUUGAUCUUAACUCUGUGGUCGUGUCUGUAGAGUACCGCCUGGCCCCAGAGCACCACUUCCCUGUCCCAUAUGAGGAUGUGUACCGGGUGGUGAAGCACUUCCUCCAGAGGGGGGUUCUGGCCCAGUACACUGUAGACCCAGGACGUAUCGCUGUGUCCGGGGACAGCGCCGGGGGAAACCUGGCUGCUGCUGUGUCCCAGCAGCUGCAGCAGGAUCCAGAACAGCAGCUGCAGCUGAAGGUCCAGGCCCUGCUCUACCCUGUGCUGCAGGCUCUGGACCUCAAUACUCCGUCCUACCAGCAGAACCAGAACAUGCCUAUCCUGCCCCGUACCCUAAUGGUGCGCUUCUGGAGCGAGUACUUCACCAGCGACAAGACCUUCUUCAGGGCCAUGAUGACCAACACUCACAACAGCCCAGAGUCCGCUGCUCUGCUCAAAUUCGUCAACUGGAGUGCCUUCCUGCCAGAGUCCUACCGGGGCAAGUACAACUACAGCGCUCCGGUCGUGGCGUUGUCGGCUGGGGGGGCAGGGUCGGACGGGCCAUCGCGCUCCAUCGCUGACCCCCGGGCCUCGCCCCUUCUGGUCCCAGACGCUGCUUUACGCUCGCUACCCAAGGCCUACGUUCUGACGUGUGAGUACGACGUGCUGCGGGACGAUGGGGUGAUGUAUGCUGCGCGUCUGCGCCGCGCCGGUGUGGAGGUGACGCACGAACACUACGCCAGUGGUUUCCACGGCGCCCUCAUGUUCACGGUGUGGCCAACCGACUUCCUGAUUGGACGCACGAUGACGGAAAACUUCAUCAAAUGGCUGCAGCAUAACUUGUAGAAAACAGAAGAAAAGUUAUGAUCUUUCAAUGUUCAUUCCUGUUUCCCCUAGCAACUCAAUAGCCAUUGUUUAGGUGCUGCUUAGAUUUUUGUCUGUUUGGUUGUUUAUUCAGUGACAGACAGUGUUUUUGUUUAUGCUUGCAAACUGAGGGGUUUUCCUCUCUAUGGCACUGUGUCCCAAUAACAAUACCAGAUACCAGUCAAAAACAGGUUUGUCUGGAUUUUCUAAUCACCAAGGCAACCAAUGAGGCAGAACAUGAGGCUAAGCAACUGAUACCAGAUACAAGACAUUUGAUGAAGCCAAGUGUUUCUACAUUUGAUUUCUGACACAUCCAUCUGAUACUGCAGCUGAUUCUCAUCACAUGUCAAAGUGUUUAAGGUGAAGUUUUGUCAUUUACUUCCUGGUGGCGUGAUGCUUGCAACACCCGGGUUGUGUGUUUGAUUCCUUUGGAGGGACCAGUAUGAAAAUGUAUGUGUUCAUUACUUCAUUACUGUUUAUUACUAACUGUAAGUUGCUCUGGAUAAAAGCAUCUGCUAAAAUAAUAGAACAUAUAACAUUUAAAAAAAUAAAAUGUACAUCUUAAGGUCGUUGACUCCUAAGGUUUAGGAAAGGCUUAAAACGAAAAUCUCAAAAACAACUAUCUAUCACUGGAUUCAAAGUUGCAACCUUUGGAAUCAGAAGCAGAUGCCUGUGCCCAUCUGCAGUCCCUGUCCACAACACUGGAGCAAAACUGAAACCUACUUGAAGGUAACAGUGCUCAAUGUUGGCCCUAGUGGCCAGUGCCCGAUUUCCACGAAUACUGACUAGUAGCAUCACUUGUUAUUUAGUUGUGUAAAGUACUUCAGUAAAAAUGCUCUACAGUACUAUCUUAGGAGUUUUUUUUUUUUUUUUUUUUUUUUCCACAACUUUUACUUUUACUUCACUACAUUCCUAAGGAAAAUAAUGUGCUUUUUACUGCAUACAUUUUCCCUGACACCCAAAAGUACUCGUUACAUUUUGAAUGAUUAGCAGGACAGGAAAAUGGUCCAAUUCACACACUUAUCAAGAAAACAACCCUGGUCAUCCCUACUGCUUCUGAUCUGACAGACUCACUAAACAGAGAACAUCCCUGGUCAUCCCUACUGCUUCUGAUCUGACAAACUGACAAAACAGAGAACAUCCCUGGUCAUCCCUACUGCCUCUGAUCUGACAGACUCACUACACAGAGAACAUCCCUGGUCAUCCCUACUGCUUCUGAUCUGACAAACUGACAAAACAGAGAACAUCCCUGGUCAUCCCUACUGCCUCUGAUCUGACAGACUCACCAAACAGAGAACAUCCCUGGUCAUCCCUACUGCUUCUGAUCUGACAGACUCACCAAACAGAGAACAUCGCUGGUCAUCCCUACUGCUUCUGAUCUGACAGACUCACUACACAGAGAACAUCCCUGGUCAUCCCUACUGCUUCUGAUCUGACAGACUCACUACACAGAGAAUAUCCCUGGUCAUCCCUACUGCUUCUGAUCUGACAGACUCACUAAACAGAGAACAUCCCUUGUCAUCCCUACUGCCUCUGAUCUGACAGACUCACCAAACAGAGAACAUCCCUGGUCAUCCCUACUGCUUCUGAUCUGACAGACUCACUACACAGAGAACAUCCCUGGUCAUCCCUACUGCUUCUGAUCUGACAGACUCACUACACAGGAGAACAUCCCUGGUCAUCCCUACUGCUUCUGAUCUGACAGACUCACCAAACAGAGAACAUCCCUGGUCAUCCCUACUGCUUCUGAUCUGACAGACUCACCAAACAGAGAACAUCGCUGGUCAUCCCUACUGCUUCUGAUCUGACAGACUCACUACACAGAGAACAUCCCUGGUCAUCCUACUGCUUCUGAUCUGACAGACUCACUAAACAGAGAACAUCCCUUGUCAUCCCUACUGCUUCUGAUCUGACAGACUCACUACACAGAGAACAUCCCUGGUCAUCCCUACUGCUUCUGAUCUGACAGACUCACUACACAGGAGAACAUCCCUGGUCAUCCCUACUGCCUCUGAUCUGACAGACUCACUACACAGGAGAACAUCCCUGGUCAUCCCUACUGCUUCUGAUCUGACAGACUCACUACACAGGAGAACAUCCCUGGUCAUCCCUACUGCUUCUGAUCUGGCAGACUCACUACACAGGAGAACAUCCCUGGUCAUCCCUACUGCUUCUGAUCUGACAGACUCACUACACAGGAGAACAUCCCUGG